UCCCCACGCCCGAGGGGACUAAGUCCUAAGCCCACGUUGGCAGUCUCGCCCGGACGCGCGCACCAUGCCCUACCUCCUCAUCAGCACCCAGAUCCGCAUGGAGGUGGGCCCCACCAUAGUGGGCGAUGAGUACUCAGAUCCAGAGCUGAUGCAGCAUUUGGGGGCCUCAAAAAGAGGCGUUCUGGGAAACAACUUUUACGAGUACUACGUCAACGACCCUCCUCGAAUAGUCCUGGACAAGCUGGAACGCAGGGGCUUCCGUGUGCUGAGCAUGACAGGGGUGGGCCAGACACUGGUGUGGUGCCUGCACAAGGAGUGACCCUCACACUGAGGAGCGGACAGGGCACCCCUUCUUCCAGUGGUUGCCAAUGGGCCCUGAUCCCAAGCCCCUGCCUCACUCACUGCCCUGCCCCCUUCCCAGAUUGUCAUUUCCCCUCAGUCCAGCACCACUAGGCAGUGAAAGGCCUUCUCUGAAACCUGUCUCAGCAGGGGGCAGGGAGGGCAGGCCUCUUGCCCUGGUGCUCCCCAGUUGCCCCUCCACCUUCGGACCUGGCUGAGUGUUCUGGAGGAGUCCAUGUUCAUGGGCAGGCUGAGGGGCUGGCAAGAGCCAGGCUGCCUUUGGCCAGAAGCAUGGUUCUGGGACUGGGCGGGUGGGUCCUGUAUAGCUAGUCCAAACCAAUAAAGGGCUGUGAUGAUUGGUUGAUCCUAA